GGGCUCUGAUUCGUUUGCGUCAUUACCUCCAGUUUCCUAGUAUCGGAAGGAGAAGGACUGCGAGUCUGCGACUGGAGCCACCAGAGAGAGAGAGAGAGAGAGAGAGAGAGAGAGAUGUCUUCUUCUCUAAUAAGUUUUCUCUGAUAUCCGAUCGACUUGACUAUUACGUCUAACAUCGCCACAGCUAUGGCUCUUGCUCUCGGCAAGCUAUCCAUUCUCGUCGGUGCAGGUAUCAUUGGGUCUGUUUUAGCAAAAGAAGGAGGUGCCUCCACUGUUUCUGAUUUUUUCUCAGGGGCUGUCAAGGUUCUUUUUAAGCAAAUUAGGCAGGAUGAUUCUAAACCAUCAAGACCCAAGCCACAGAAUGACUCUUUGCUAGCGCAGGUAAAUAGCUUGCGGCAGGAACUGCAGCUCUUGGCAUCAAAUAGAUCAGUUACAAUUGUAACUUCAACUAGAUCAGGUUCCAAGAAAUAUGGUGUUGUUGUUAUUGUGCUUGUAGUAGGAUGUGGUUAUGUUUGGUGGAAGGGAUGGAAACUACCAGACAUGAUGUUUGCAACCAAGCGUAGUUUAUCUGAUGCAUGCAACACCAUAGCCAAACAACUUGAGAAUGUUUACUCAUCUAUAGCGGCCACCAAGCGGCAUUUGUCUUCAAGAAUGGACCAUGUGGAUGGUAGUUUAGAUGAAUGUGCAGAGCUUACUGCUGCUACAAGAGAUGAGGUUUCUGAACUAAAAGGAGAGAUGAAAUUGAUUGGUGUGGAUGUACAAUCUGUUCACCAUGCAGUCCGAACCCUGGAGACCAAAAUUCAUAGAAUAGAAGGGAAACAGGAUCUCACAAAUGAUGGAGUCAAGCGGUUGGUUGAUUACGCCUGGAACUUAGAGAAUAGCAGAGGCGUAGAGCGUAUUCAGGCAGCUUCAAGUUCAUCUAGGCCAGCUCUUGAAUUGCCUCAAGUGACACCAUCAUCAAGGACUGUGUCUUUACCCCCUAUUCCAUCAAUGGAACAACCAUCUCCCGGGGAACAACCAUCUCCCUCUGCCUCUAAUGGAUCUCAGAAGCGAAUUUUGCACAAUGUGGUGUCAGCAUCAGGCUUGAAGGAGCUUCAUGGAAUUUCAGAAGUGAUGGAGGCAUCGAGCAGCACUGGUGUUUCUAAUGGGGUUCAUGAACAAGAAGUGGUAAGCAAUGGAAAUUUGGGUUCGGGAGUGGUAGGGCGAAAGAUAUCUAGCAUUGGUGCUUUUCUUACAAGAACGCGGAGUGCAGUGCCGUCGUUCAAAUAGACAACCUUUCUGAAUAUUUCAUUGUUUACCUAUUGGAAACUCAUACAAAAUGCAUGGUCGAACUGGCUAGCAGAAAGCACCUCCUGAGUUAAAGUGGGAAUGGAUAGCCCAUAUAUAUAGGAACUGGAUUGGGCGCUUAGUUUUGUAGAGUUGCUGCUUAAUUUUAUCAGCCUGGUUUAGAAUAAGGGAGCACUCACCAUCUACAUUAAAAUGGAUUUGGUGAUAAAUUUUUGUAGAGCUGCUGUAUCUGGCAAGGUUGGUCCAAAGUAUUAUUUUGUUGAUAUGAAUAGUAGUAAAUGACGGGUAGGUAAAGGCAGGAAAAAUGGUUAAUAGUAGAGAUCUUAUUUAUUUGUUGUGCUGAUGGAUUGGAUUUGGAUAGACCCAAGGGGGUUGGUAAAUGAUUGACUUUAUUUCUUA